AUGGAUCAAAACAUUCCUACAUCUAUUAGUAAUAAUAAAUUUCAAAUACAAAUCAAUCAUGAUUACGAUGAUGGUAAUGAUUUAAUAAAAUCUCAUCAUCUGAAUCAACAUCAUUCAUUUCGUUUAACAUCAUUAAUUUUUCCAGUUUUAUUAAGUUUAAUUCUCAUUAUGGGUGCUUUAAUUUUAAUUAUUAGUAUUAUUCGACUAAAUACAUGUCGUCAACAACGACUAGAACAAACUGAAGCACUUCUAGGAUAUAAACCAGAUAGUCAUUUACCAUGUAAUAAAACCAAUAUAUUAUCAUCAUAUGUAUGUCCAACUACAUUUAUUCAUUCAUUAUCAAAUCCAUUUCAUUGUAUUCCAAAUCAUUCACGCUGUCUUAAGUCAGGUCAACAUAAUUUACAUUAAAGUUGGGCAAUAAUACGACAUAAUUAUGAAUUAAUUAAACCAUGUUUACCUGUUUUAUUGGAUCCAUUUCAUCGUUAUUAUUCAUUAUAUGAUAAUUUAAUGAUUAAAAUUAAAGAUUUAAAUGGUAAUAUACUUACACAAUUUUUUACAGAUAUUAAACAGGCUACAAGAUUUGAAUUUCUCGAUCAAUGUAGUACAAUCUAG